AUUAGAGAAAUUUAAUGGUGAAAAAUUCAGUUAAGUCCCUUUCCUGUCACCAGCGAACUUCCAUGCCAGAUUUGAUCCUCUGCAAUCUCCUGUGCUAAAUUCAAGCCAAAGCUACUUACAAGGAAUCCAGGAAAUCUGACAUAGGGAUUCAACAGUCUCUCCUUACCCAUUGCAGGUAUUCACCAUGGUUGGGGGGGUGUAAGUCCCACUGUCAUAGAAGGCAGUGAUGGCAAAAGCCCACUGGAUCCUGGAAUCCAUCUCCCUGCUAAGGCUGACCAGCUGUUCCUUAGCAGGACAGACUGACCAGUGAAGUGCUGCUAGUUAGGAUUAUUGUUGCACACUUAGUGUGGCACAGACAUAGAGGAAGACAGAGUUUGCUCCAGGGAGCGCUACUCUAUGAGCUUGAUCCUAUUCAAUGAAAGCAGAACUGAGGCUCCUCUCGACACUCAGUAGCAACACAGCCAUGAAGCCUGCACUGAAAGGCCAAACUUUCAGCAAUUUUCCUUUUCUUGUUUUAAAAAUACGAUGGAAUGCCUGUACAUUGACACUGUUUUUCUAUUGGCUGGCACCAGUGUUGCCUGGGUGACGGCUGUGAGCAAACACUUCUAAGGAACUUGGAGCCAGAUGCUUCAUGAACCCUGGGAAUCUGCAGCCUACAAGGGAUAGAGCAGAUCUUUGCACUAAGGAAAAAAACCUAUAAAUUGCAUUCAGACAGCUGAUGAGAAUGGAUGUGGAAGAUGCAGAUGCUGCCAUCAAGGAAAAAGCACACGUUGUAAUUGAGAAUGUAAUCCGGGAUGCAAAAGAACAUCUUCAAGAUUUGCAAGAAAAAGAGAGAGAAGCGGAGUACAUCAUCCAAAACAUUCAAUGGACAUCCUGCAAGGACUUUACAGUGGAGAGAGGACAGCAGCAAAUUGAGGAAUACAUGUCACAGACAUGGGAGUUUCAUGAGAGCUGGCUUCACUGGUCAGACUAUCUCCAGGAAGAAGAACUGAAGUACAGCAAAAGAUACCAUUACCGGGUUCGCUGGAGCAUCCCAACCUGCAGGAAGCCCAUCCCACGAGCUACAGCAUGCAUCUAUUUCAUCAUUGAAAUCUCCAAAAUUAAACCACCUGUAAGUAUUCAAAAUAUUACUCAACCAUCUCUUUUUCCCUUUUGAAAAG